AUGUUCACUUCAUGCUUUUUUUUUUUCUUUUUACUGCUCACCAACUGUGUCUGGUCUCUUCCAGGAGCCCAGGAGAGCAUCUCCUGGGAGGUCCAGCGCUACGACGGCUGGUACAACAACCUGCUGCACCACAGCCGUGGCUCCGUGGGUGCCAGGCUGCUGCGUCUCCUGCCAGCCAACUAUGCAGAUGGUGUCUAUGAGGCACUGCAGGAGCCCCGAGUGCCCAACGCUCGCCAGCUCAGCAACGUGGUGGCACGAGGACCCUCCGGGCUGCCCUCCCACAGGAACACAACUGUGUUGGCUGUCUUCUUUGGUUUUCAUGUGCUUUUGGACAUCCUGGAGACGGAGAAACCUGGCUGUCCUGCUGAGUUUCUCAACAUCUACAUCCCACGUGGAGACCCAGUGUUUGACCCCACCAGCACUGGAGAUGUGGUCCUACCCUUCCAGCGCAUCCGCUGGGCAGCAGAGACAGGACAGAGCCCCAACAGCCCCCGAGAACAGACCAAUGAGGUGACAGGUUGGCUGGAUGGCAGCUCCAUCUAUGGUCCCUCACACUCCUGGAGUGAUGCCCUGAGGAGUUUCUCCGGGGGACAACUGGCAUCGGGGUCCGACAGAAGCCUCCCAAGGCAGACAGAUGGGAGAGUCCCCAUGUGGAAGGCACUGGAUCCAUCCACGGGACAGGGUGGUUUCCAAGGGAUCUAUGACCUGGGGAGUGCCUGGGGGAAUGAGAACCCCUUCCUGCAGGCUGAGAGCAUUGCCUGGUUUCGGUACCACAACCACCUGGCCAUGGCACUGGCCCGGGAGCAUCCCACCUGGUCCGAUGAGGAUCUCUUCCAGCACACUCGCAAGAAGGUCAUUGCCACUUUCCAGAGUAUUGUCCUGUAUGAGUGGCUGCCGACCCUGCUGGGGAAACACGUCCCGGAGUACAAAGGUUACCAGCAGCACCUGGACCCCAGCCUCUCACCGGAGUUUGUGGCAGCCGUGGGGCAAUUCCUGGCCACCAUGGUGCCGCCGGGCGUUUACAAGAGAGACACUGAGUGCCGAUUCCAGGACGUGUCUGGCCCCAGUGGCUCAUUCCCAGCUGUGCGACUCUGCAACAGCUACUGGAGCAGAGAGAGCCCUGGGCUGCAACAGGCAGAUGAUGUAGACAAGCUCCUGCUGGGGAUGAGCUCACAGAUUGCAGAGAGGGAGGACAACAUUGUGGUGGAAGAUCUCCAAGAUUACUGGUAUGGGCCCCUGAAGUACUCCCGCACAGACUACGUGGCCAGUUGGCUUCAGCGUGGUCGAGACCUUGGCCUGCCAACCUACAACCAAGCCCGGGAGCGAUUUGGGUUGAAACCUUACCAGAACUGGUCACACCUUGCCCCACACCUGGAGCCACAGGUCCUACAUAAUGUCGCUGCCCUGUAUGCCAACAACAUGGCUGGGCUGGAGCUGCUCCCUGGGGGCAUGCUGGAGGCUGACAGCUCCCUCUUCAGUGCCAUCAUCCUGGACCAGUUUGUGCGCCUGCGUGAUGGUGACAGGUUUUGGUUUGAAAACACCAAGAAUGGGCUGUUCACAGAGGAGGAAAUUGGGGAGAUCCGUAACACGACCUUUCGCGACGUCCUGGCUGUUGUCACCUAUGCCAACUCUACAGACCUCCAGUCCCAUGUGUUUGUCUGGAGUGAGGGAGACCCAUGCCCCCAGCCCCAGCAACUGACAGCUCAACUCCUGGCCAACUGCACUCCCAUGAUGGUGCUGGACUACUUUGCAGGCAGUGGUGCAGGCUUUGGGAUCAUCAUCGUUGCCCUCUGCUGUCUGCCUUUGGUGACCCUGCUUGUGGCCUGGAUUGUCGCUGUUCUCCGCAGGAGAGAUUUCAAGAAGCUGCAGAAGAAGCAGGGCACCAGUGUGAGGAGGGAGGUGACCAGAGAGGCCACACACGCCAUGGAGUGGCAUGGGCCCAAGAUGGAUAACUCUCCUGUCUACAUUCAACUCCAAGCUGACAAAUUGCUCAAAGUGCUGGAUGGGAGAGGGUCUAUGCUCCGGACCAUCAACCUGAAAGCCCACCAAAGGGUGGAGGUGAUCCUCUCCAACAACAAAGGGAACAAAGCUCUGCUCCUGAAGAGCCCCAAGGAGUAUGACCUGGUGCUGCUCUUCAGUGAGGAGACUGAGAGGAGCAGCUUUGUCAGGAAGCUACAAGACUAUUUGAAGGAGAGCAGCCUUGACCUGCAUCUGUCUGAGAUGAAGGAGCAGAACCUGAUGAAACGGGCAGUCACCCAGGAGCAGAGAAAACAAAUUCUGGAGAUUUUCUUCAGACACCUGUUUGCUCAGAUGCUGGAAAUUGACAGAUCCGAUGCAGGAGAACUCACCUUCGAAUCUUCACAGAAGGCAAAGGAGUCUCUAACGUGUGAGCUGAGCAGAGCUGAGUUUGCUGAGGCCCUGGGGCUCAAAGCUGACUCCAUGUUUGUGGAGUCCAUGUUCUCCCUGGCUGACAAGGAUGGCAAUGGCUACAUCUCCUUCCGAGAAUUCCUGGACAUCUUGGCGAUCUUCAUGAAAGGGUCUCCAGAGGAGAAGUCCAAGGUGAUGUUCAGGAUGUAUGACAUUGAUGAGAAUGGAUUCCUCUCCAAGGAGGAGUUUCUGAGGAUGCUCAGGUCCUUCAUUGAGAUCUCCAACAACUGCCUGACAAGAGAGCAGGCAGAGCAGGUGACAGAGUCCAUGUUUCAAGCCUCAGGGUUUCAGGACAGGAAUGAGUUGACAUGGGAGAACUUCCACUACAUGCUGCGGGACCACGACAACGAGCUUCGACUCACCCAGCUCUGCGUCAAAGGUGUCCCCGAGGUGUUCAAGCAAAACCUGCACAACUGUGUCUCCUUCAUAAGAAAGAAAGAGCCGAAAGGAACCAUCUCAGAGGACCAAGACCCAAAUCUAGACACUGUGAAUCACAACAUGGAGCGAGAAGGGCAAGAACUGAGGAAGAGACUUGGCAGAAAGGUGAAUCACCACCAGCUGCAUCUGUAUACGGAGGCACGACGGAAGAAGUAUGAGCGGAACAGAGUUCAGCAGAAGAUCCAGGAGUUCAAGCGUUUCGUUGAGAAUUAUCGGCGCCACAUCGUCUGCGUCGUCCUCUUCUCUGCCAUCAGCAUUGGUGUCUUCGCAGAGAGAGCCUACUACUAUGCCUUUGCAUCCCCCAGCACUGGAAUCGCACAGACCACCUUUGUGGGAAUCAUCAUCUCCCGGGGAUCAGCUGCCUCCGUCUCCUUCAUGUACUCCUACAUUCUGCUGACCAUGUGCCGCAACCUCAUCACUGUUCUGCGGGAAACCUUCCUCAACCACUACAUCCCCUUCGAUGCUGCUGUGGAUUUCCACCGCUGGAUUGCCAUGGCAGCCCUGAUUUUCUCAGUGCUCCACACUGCAGGGCACGUAGUGAAUGUCUACAUCUUCUCAGUCACACCUCUCAGUGUGCUCUCCUGCCUCUUUUCCAGUGUCUUUACCAAUGAUGGGUCACAGCUCCCACAGAAAUAUUACUGGUGGUUCUUCCAGACUAUUCCAGGUAUGACAGGAGUGCUGCUCCUCGUGAUCCUGGCUGUGAUGUAUGUGUUCGCCACCCACCACUUCCGACGCGUCAGUUUCAAGGGCUUCUGGAUCACCCACCACCUCUACGUGCUGCUCUACGUCCUGGUCAUCAUCCACGGCAGCUACGCGCUGAUCCAGCAGCCUCGUUUCUACGUCUACUUUAUCAUCCCACUCCUUCCCUCAGGUGUCACCCACCUGCAGUUCCAGCGGCCGAACGACUUUGACUACAAGUCGGGGCAGUGGGUGCGCAUCGCCUGCGUGGCCCUGGGCACCACGGAGUACCACCCCUUCACCCUGACCUCGGCGCCGCACGACGACACGCUCAGCCUGCACAUCCGCGCCGUGGGGCCCUGGACCACCCGCCUGCGUGAGCUCUACUCCCCGGAGAACGUGGCCCUCAUGGGCAAGCUGCCCAAGCUCUACUUGGAUGGGCCCUUUGGGGAGGGCCACCAGGAGUGGCACAAGUUUGAGGUGUCAGUGCUGGUGGGAGGAGGCAUCGGGGUGACACCCUUCGCAUCCAUCCUCAAGGACCUGGUCUUCAAGUCAUCUAUAAACUCCAAGCUGCUGUGUAAGAAGGUUUAUUUCAUCUGGGUGACGCGCACGCAGAGGCAGUUUGAGUGGCUGACGGACAUCAUCCGGGAGGUGGAAGAGCUGGACAAGAACGACUUGGUCUCUGUGCAUAUCUACAUCACACAGCUGGCUGAGAAGUUUGAUCUGCGCACCACCAUGCUGUACAUCUGCGAGCGGCACUUCCAGAAGGUGCUGAACAAGAGCCUGUUCACGGGGCUGCGCUCCAUCACCCACUUUGGGCGCCCUCCCUUCGUACCCUUCUUCAACUCGCUGCAGGAGGGGCACCCCGAGGUGCAGAAGAUCGGGGUGUUCAGCUGUGGCCCUCCCGGGAUGACGAAGAGCGUGGAACAGGCUUGUCGGCAGAUGAACAAGAAGGACCAGACUUACUUUGCACAUCACUAUGAGAAUUUCUGA